AUGAACUCCGAGAUUUCAGAAUCAGGUGAAAAUUUGAAAAAUUCAAGUGUGGAUGAUGUCUCAACAUGUAAAGCAAAAGCUGAGAAUUCAACUUCAACUCUAAGUGAAGGUGCCGCAAUAGUAAAUGACCUACUAUCGACUAUGGUUAGUAAAUUCGGUGAGGGGUCCAGCAAUGAUGUACUUAUUUCUGAUAGCAUUGUUGACUUGGAAGGGUCAUCUAUAGAUAGAUUCACAAAACCGAAUGCUACUGAACUCUACGUCAUAUCUGGAAUCAUCAACAAUGAUGUUGAUAAUGGUGAAAAUAUGAAGGAUCUCAACUGCAACAAAAUUGUUGGAGAAAUUAUUAGUGAUGUCGUUGAUGUUGUUGCUGACAACAAUUUGAACAAUGAUGACACUAAUAACAACAACAACAAUCCUGAUGGUUCUCCCAUAGCUACUACUAAUGUUUCCAUUACUGCUACUACUACUGCUAGCAAUAAUAAUAAUGAUAGUGUAGGCGAUGGUGUUGAUGAGAUUAUUAGGCAGGAUACUCACAUGAUUAACAAUGAUGAUGAAGCUGGUGAUGUGGUUGUCAGUAAUAAUAUCAUCACUCAUGAUGAUUACAACAAAGAAAAUAAAGCCAAUAUUGAUGAUGCUGAUGCCUGUCUUACAGUCAAUCACGUCAAUGUAAAAGCUGAUGGUGGCAAAGUUUGUAAUGAUAAUGAUGAAGUAGUUUGUGGUAAUGAUGAUAAAUUGAAUGCUGGUGGUGAUGAUAAUGAUCUGGAUAAUGAUAAUAAAGAUGGUGGAGUUAAGAGAAGGAAUGGUGAUGUCAACAUCCAGACUAAAUCAAAAGAUAAUGAUUGUGAUGAUGAUGUCAUGACCAAAGCAAUUGAUGAUGAUAAUAAUAAGCCAAUUAAUGAUGAUAAUGAUAAUAAGAAUGCUGGUGAUUACGCUGUCAUAGCCAAUUAUAUUAAUACUGAUAAUGAAGUGGAUACUGAUGGUAAUAAUAAAUCUUACAAUAAUGAUGAUAUUGGUGAAGUUGAUAAUACUACUACCACUGCUGCUACUACUACUACUAUUACUGCUACCACUACCACUAAUAUUGAUAAUGAUGGUGGCGUCGCUGGGGUAGAAGUAGCUACUAAACAGUGCAUAAAUUAUGAUAAUGACAAUGGUACUAAAGAUGAUGAUGGUAUUAAUAAUGAGAAAAGGUGUGAAAAUGAUGAUGCUGAUAAUAAUGAUGACAUCGUAGUUGAAGAUCAUAUUUUGGUUGAUGAAGUUACUGACGAUAAACUCGCUGAUGUAAUAGUCAGUGAGAAUGAUGAUGCUGGAUGUGAUGAUGGAAGAAAAGAUGAUGAGGUUGUGGCUAAAAAUGAUGCUGCUCUUGAGGAUGAUGGUAAGAUUAUCACCAAAGAUUAUCACCAAAGAUUAUCACCAACUCUAUCACCAAACAAUGGUGAUGGAGUUGGAGAGAGGCAGCCAAGAAGAAUAGAUUACAUCACAUCGGAAAAUAAUGAUGACAGCAGUAACAUCGUCGUCACAAUUGCCAAUGACAACCAGGCAGACGAUGGCCAGAAUGAAUACAGCCACAUAGUCGAGCAGGUUGGUGAUGGUGGUGAAGUCGACGACGACGACGAUGAAGAUGAGUAUACAGAUGCAGAGGAUGGCGAUGACGAUGGGUACGGCGGCGUUCAAGUUGACGGCUACGUAGAUGAUGAUGACUUCGGCGGCAGGCCAUCCAGGAGGCAGAGGAAGCAUGGUGAGGAGGCUGCCGCCGAUGGUGAUGAUGACGAGGAGGCUGGUGAUUACGAUGAGGAUGACGAAGGAAACGAUCGUGAUGAUGGGGAUGAGUACGAGGGAGGGGCCGAUGCCAGGAUUGUUGAUUCAAAAAGACUUUCUGGAGAUGGAGAGGAGGAGGAAGAAGAUGAAGAUGACGAAGGCGGUGCUGCUGACGUUGCAGACGUCGACGACGCUGCUGCAGCAGCUGCUGGGGGUAACGUCAGUGAAACGAAAAAUAAUAAGGAACCCGAGAAGAAACUGGACGAUGAUGAGGAUAGGAAGAAUCCAGCCUACAUUCCACGCAAGGGUGCAUUCUUCGAACAUGAUAUGAGGCUGACUGAUGACGAAGAAGGCGACAUCGAACAAAGAUGGGCAAGUGGCAGCGUGGGGGAUGGAGAUAAUGCUGAUGCUGGCCAGAAAGAUUCAUCUGACAUCAAGACCUCCACCUCCAGUAACAAGCAACAACAGCAACAACCUGUCAAGAAAUCAAGACUGGACAUGCAGCCCAAGUGGCACCACGAUCGCUACGACCCCUUCCAACAGGGCCCCAAAUCUUCGAGGGAAAUCAUCAGACAGUACGGAUACAAUAUUAGAAAUGAAGUCGGCGAGAAGGACAGAGAAGGAGAUGGUGAUAGAGGAAGGGAGAGGGACGGAGAUAGAGAGAGAGAUAAGGGAAGAGAGAGGGUUAGAGAUAGAGAUGGCAAUAGAGAGGAAAGUACUGGUGUUAAAAGUCUAUCUGGUGAGAAAUGGAGAAACAAAGAGGGGAAAUUCAAUGGACGACAACAUCAACAACGACAGGAACAACAACGUCAGCAGUCUACUGAUGAUUCACAACAACAACCACAACAACAACAACGCUCUCAACGACAACACUUCUCAAAUAUUAGACAACAACCAAGACCGCAACAUGUCCGAAAUUACGACGACGACGACAGCAAAAACAACAACAACAAAAGUAUGCGAGGACCAAUUAGAUCUCGCGACAACAACAACGACAACAGAAACAGAUACAACAAUGACUACAAUAGGAAUGUAAAUCGCUAUAAUAAAAAUUACAACAACAACGGUCGUAGCAACAACAACAACAAUAGUUACAAUAGAAGCUAUAGAGAUUACGUCGAGGACAACAACAGCAGCAACACUAACAACAACAACAAUGACGUAAACCGAAAUAUUUACCCCAAAAAAAGCUAUGGCAGAAGUAGGCCUCCCAGGAAUCCUGAUAACGAUGAGGAGAGGAAUCAUGGUAAUGAUGGUUAUACGAGGAGGGAGAUUAUAACCACAAGAGGUAACGAUGACGACAUCAACAAUGACGUCAACAAAACCAGCAACAACAACGAAAACAACAGUAACAGAAAUAACAACAAUUUCAGAUCUAACAACAACAGCAACAACAGAAGAUACAAUGCAGAUGACAGAUUCAACAACUACAACAACAACAACAACAGAAAAUACAAUGCAGAUGACAGAUUCAACAACAAUACAAAAAUUCAAAACCACAAAGAGCACAUCUCUAAAAACGAGACCCAAACCGUAGAAGGGUCGAAGGAAAAAGAUGAUCGGGUCGUCGACGUGGAUGUGACUAACUUUCCCGUCGUUAGGACCAUUGAAGUUAGGAGUGAUGCUAAAAGUGAUCGUACUAGUGAUAAUAAUAAUAAUAAGGAAAGUGCUGAUAAAGUGGAAAGACAAGCUGAUAGUAAGACGCAGUAUAAAGAGUUUGUCAAUGAAAAAUAUCAACAGCAGCAGCAACUACAGCAGCAACAAUCGCUGCAACCAGUUUCCAAAAGAAACUAUGAUCACGAACAACAACAGCAACAGCAUCCUAGAAAUUACAGACGAACUGAUGAUCGCCAACAUCAACAACAACAUUCAAAGAAUUAUAGAAGGGAUGUUGAUGGUGAUUAUGAACAGAGACAUCAACAACAACAACAAAGAAACUACAGAAAGAAUGAUGAUGGUGGUUACAACCAACAACAACAACAACACCAACAAGCAAGGAGUUACAACAGAAGGCAUGAGGAUGAUGAAUACGACCAGCACCAACAACAACACCAACAACAACAUCAUCAGCAGAGAAAUAACUACAGAAGAAAUAACAAUAAUGAUUAUGAACAACAACAGCAACAACGCCCGCAACAGCAUCAUCACCAAGAACCACAUCAACAGUUUGAUGAGAAUGUAGGAGGCUUUAGAAAACCUAGAGACUACCAAGAUAGACAACAAUAUCAACAACACUACAACAGUAACAACAACAACAACAACAACCAAAGAUAUGUCAACAGCGGCAACAGCAACAAAAGCUAUGACCGACCUCCCAGGUUUACCCCACAACAACAGUAUCGUUAUCAGGAUGAUAGCCAACAACAUCAACAUUAUGAUCACUAUCAGCAUCGCUAUCAGCAGCAGGAUUUUGUUGAGGCUAGCAAGGAAGAGCAAUAUAGACCACAAUAUAAUUUGAAACAACACCAACAAUUAAAUUAUGAUCAUGAUGAAAAUGUUUCUCAACAACCUCAACAACAACAACCGCAGACACAACAACAUCAAUACAACACACAUGAUGAUGCCACCAACUGCUCUAAGAAAGGUUGGGCUGGUAGUGAGUUCACGCCAAGUUGGAAACAACAGCAACAACAACAGCAACAACAGCAGCAACAUGUUGAGGAGAAGCAAAACAAACAACAGAAUGUUGAACAACUACAACAACAAAAAGGUUACGAGGAGGCUCAUUUAAGUAAACCAAAAAGGUACUCGUCAACGAGGCAACUGCAGCCACCACAGCAGCAGCAACAACCUCAACAACAUCUCCAACAGCAACCACAGCAGUUACAACAGCAGCAGCAAUCUCAAGCACAGCAAAUGCCACCACCACAACAACAGCAACCACAACAGCAAGCCAUAUACGCAAACUACCAACAACACAUCCACACACCGUCACAGCAGCAACAGCAACAACAGCAGCAGUACUAUGACACAGAACAAUAUCAGACGGCCUACAUCUACAACCAACCACAGAUGACCACCUACAUACCUCAGUCAUCAUUGGUCAAAAUAACUCAGCCAUACAUACCGGCUGCUUACUAUGGAUCCUACCAAACGUUCCCUCAAAAUAUUUCACCCUACCCACAACAGAGCACCCCGUACUCACCCCAUAUUCACUCACACCAUCAUCACCUGCCUCCAGUCUCUGUAGUCGGUGCGGUGGGGACGGGUGAAGAAGUGGCAGGGGGGAUUUAUUACCAACCCCCGGUUGACGUCACAUCUCGAGGAGUCGCAGCCGUUUCAAGGGCGCAAUAUUACGACGGACAGCAGAUGCAGCAGCAGCAGCAGCAUCACUUGCAGCAGCAACAACACCAUCAACACGUGCAUCAUCAACAGCCGCAUCUACAGCAGCAGUCUCAGCAGCAGCAGCCUCAACAGCCGCAGCAACCGUCUAGAACUAAAGCUGCCAUCCCCAUCAUCAACCCCCAGGAUCUGUCCAAUCAGGGUAAGGACCCAAAUGUCUCCGCCAAUCAGAGUGAACCAAUGACUGUGGAUAAUUGAAAGAGGAAUGAAGAGAAAAGAGAGAGAGAGAUGGACGGAGAAAGUGAGAGAGAAAGAGAGAGAACCAGAAGAAGAGGGACAGGGUCAUCAUAAUUUGAUGACAUUACUUUAUUGUCAUUAUUUGUAAACUGGACGAUUAUAAAUGAUGAUAAAAUUUAAAAUUUGACCAUUGUUAUGCUGGACAAAGAAAAUUUAUUCUGUUUUGUUUCCCUUUAUUUAAUUAUUUUUUGUUCAUUGUCGGUUCUGUUAAUUUUCUUUGUUCUUUAGUUGAAAUUAUAUAAAUAAUUCAUUUAUUUUUG